GUGAAUGUAUUGCCAGCUUGUGUCAGAGCCUUGACCAAGAUGCUUUACUGUCCAUACUGCCGUGGCAUGCCUGGGCUGAAACCCUGUCACAACUACUGCCACAACGUGAUGAGGGGCUGUCUAGCUAACCAGGCAGACCUAGAUGCUGAAUGGAACCUCUUCAUCGAUGCCAUGUUACUGGUGGCAGACAGACUGGAGGGACCCUUCAACAUUGAAGCUGUUAUCGAGCCGGUCGACAUCAAGAUCUCUGAUGCCAUCAUGACCAUGCAGGACAACAGCAUGCAAGUGUCAGCCAAGGUUUUCCAAGGGUGCGGCCAGCCAAAACAAUCAGGAGUUGGCAGAUCUGCACGCGGCAUCUCAGAUGUAUUCAGUGGUCGCUUCAGACCCUACACUCCUGAAGAGAGGCCAACCACAGCAGCCGGAACAAGCCUGGAUAGACUGAGGGUUGUGUGGAGGACAAUGCAACACAGCGUAAGCCUUCAUUCCUCCUCUUACUUUCACCAUGUCAUAUGUCUUGUGGUUUUUUAAUCAACCUGCCCA